CUCUCACUCCCUUGCUCUCUACUUGCAGAUCUUCAUACGUGCGUGCAUGAUAAUUGACUAUGGCAAACUUCCUACUGGCAAAACCCUCCUGAGGGACUUGCACAAGGGCUACAGCAAUGUGCAGUUCAACUUCGAUUCUAAAAACACACACUGCAUAGUCCAGGGCCCAUUCACUGAGCUGCAGGCCUUCAGCAGAGACCUGCUGGGCAACCUGAACCUCAGGAGCAAAGCCACUGGGGAGAUCCUCCUGCCAGAUUCCAGCCGUGGGGCCAAAGAGAUGGGAAUGCAUGAUCACCAGCAAGUGCCUGACUCCACUGAGUCAGCAGAAGAGACAGCAAAGCUGCCAAAUGGGGACCAGGAGUGUGAAAUGACAGCUAAAAUCCCAUCACCUCGUGGCCCAGUGGAUGGGGAAGCUGUGGAACAGCUAGAGGAAUUUUCUCUAAUGAUGGACUUGGACAUCUACCUGUACAUGCAGAGGUUCUGUGCUGCCAAGUACCAAGGUGUGCUGCGCCAGCAUCGCGUGGAUGUGGUGGAUGUUACCAGCGAUGGCAUCACCAUAUUGUACCUCCAGCCAUCUGGAGGUCUGUCUGGGGACAUGGAGGCCUUGCGAGAGGCCCGCCUGGCCCUGCAGCAGCUCUACCAGCAGCUGGAGGCAAGCCUGCGCAAGGAGAAGAUCGCCAAGAGAGGGCUGGGAGUGGACAGCCAGGCACUCAGGGCUCUGACACAUGAGCUGCAGAAGCUGUAUCCCCAGUUGCUUUGCCACGAGGACACGAAGCAGAUUUAUCUUAUUGGAAACCUCGUUGACGUGUCCCAGGCCAAGCAGUACCUUCAGCAUUCCAUCACCAGGAGAGGUGCUGCACACGCAGUUGAUGUGCUGAGCAGCAACCAGCCCUCACACCCCGCAGCCUCCGGCACCACAGAGGCUCCACUACAUCUGCCCAAAGUGCCUGUGGACUCCUCAGUGACAAAGCUCAGCUCAGGCAGGCCAGAGCUGAAAGGUGAGCUUAAGCUAGCUGCCAACUUCAGUGCCCUGAAAGCUGACAGGUCUCAGGCUGGCCAGGGCCUCUUGCUGAAUCAGGACUCUCCGCCAGUGGGACAGGUGCAGCUUUCCAGGAAACACUCAUCAGAUGCUCCUGGUCUGAGUGACCCAACAGCACUGACCCAGCAGUAUCAGCCUCCUGUCCCUACAGCAGGUAAUGUUAGGGGGUCAGCAGCAGAGCCUCAGCAGAACGACCCCACAGAACGGGACCAUGUCGAAGGAGCUGUCAGGCUUCCAGGGCACAAGGUGCUGUCGUCCUUUGGGGGCAAAGAAGACAGCACUUCACAGCAUCCUGGGGACUCUAAAGGCUCAGGUCCCAUUGGGCACCAUUCCCACACUGGCACCUCCAGCACCUUUGAUGUGACAAGGACCUCUUCUGCUUUAGACUCCAAACCCUCUGCACCCAGGCCUCUGCUGCGCCGGUCCAACAGCUUCUCCCUGCCGAGGUCAGAGGAAAGCAGCAAGUCCCGAGACAGUGGCAGCAGCAGGGUGAGUGAGGAAAUGAGCCUGGACUUUCUGCAGUGGUCUUACCUGAGAGACACCUGCCGUGUCGCUAUCGACAAGCUGUGCAGGGGGGGGAAGGUGCAGAUCUCGGAGCGCCGUGCUGGGGACUGUGCAGUGCUGACACUGCAGGCAGAGGACAGGAGCAGGCUCUUCCAGGCUAAAUGGCAGGUGGAAGCUCUUGUGCAGAAGUGCCCUGACCUGGUGUGUCAGAGUCUGAGCUACUCAGAGCUUGCUGUAGAUGGUCCAGAUGACAGUGCCCUGAGUGAACUGUGCAGCCUCUUGCGAGGAAAAUCCCUCCAGGUUGGACUCCACAAAGACAAGUACAAGCUGUAUCUUGCUUACCCCAAGGAAAUGCUGCCAGGAGUGACUGAAGCCUUCCACGUGUUUUCUUCCAGGAGGCUACGUGCCCUGAAGUCUUCAUCUGUGUCUCCAGGACUAGAGAGUACAGGGCAAUCAAGUGUCAUCCAGCCAAGUAGAAGCCAGGACACGGUGCCGGAUGCAGCCCUUUCAAGUAGCCUGGAGUCCCUCCAGAUGGGCCUGCAGCACCUGAGCAUCAGCAAUCAAGCAGUCCCCAAUGAUAUGCUCAGGGCUUCCUGGGUGCCAGCAACCGAGGAAAAGAGGUCCCCCAGUCCUUGGACGUUCCAGCAGGCAAGGGGGCAGGAGGAGGCCAAUGGCCGUGCUGAUUCUGGGACUGGGCAAGGAGGAAGCAGCCUUCUGAACCCUGCUGCGGGGGAUAAGCCAAGUCCUGCUGGUCUGAAGGAGUCCCAGGAACAGCUGAAGACAAAAUUGUCCCUGGGGGAGUCGGACAUCGCCCGGCUAAAACAGGUUUUGCCAGACAGAUUCCAGUUUGCAAGAGACAAAGGCAAGAGCAGAGGAGGCCACAAUGAAGCGAUGGGACAGCUGCGCUCCCCAGUCCCUGCAGCUGAGGGGGCUCCUCACUCCCUGCCCACCUGGCUGUGCAGGGCCACGGCUCCUGAGCUGCCACCAGCUGCGGCCCAACAGGCACCUGCAGCAGAGCCCAGGGGCCAGGGAAGGGCACAGCUCCCAAAGGGCAGGAGCAGUGAGCAGGAGGAGCCUGACCUCCCAUCACAGCAGAGAAGAGACUCCAGCCUUGGACAGGAAAGUGGCACCAUUCCCCUGGGCCGGUGUGAUGCUUGCCAGGGCUCAGGGGUGACCUGCCAGGGCCCCUGUGGUCAUGCCUUGUGCAGGACGUGUUUUGCAGCAGACAGUGUGCAGCCAGCAUGCUGCAGCUCCUCCUCAGCUGCCCCCAGUCCCAGGAUCCCGGGGACAUUCAAGAUCUCCUCUCUGUCUCAGAACCUGCCCGGCUACUACCGAGACCUGACGCUUCAAGUUGCUUACAGUAUCCCUGACGGCGUGCAGGGGGUUGGGGACCCUCGCCCAGGACAAUCUUACAAAGGGGGGCAUUUCUGUGCCUUCCUGCCUGACAACAAGGAAGGGCAGAAGACAGCAAUGCUGCUGAAGAAAGCAUUUGAGCGUGGACUGACGUUCCAGAUCAAGUCCUGCAAUGGAGAGGAAAGAGUGACAUGGGGCCUUAUCCCACACAAAACCUCCUUUGGUGGAGGCAAAGCCAGGAACGGCUACCCGGACGCCCAGUAUCUCCGGGAGGUCCGCACGGUUCUGAAGAAACUGGGCAUUGCAUGAGACCCCCAUGGCCACAGCCCAUGGCUUUGCUUCGCCUUCCUUUCCUUCUGAUAAAACUGCAGCUUAAUAGAGACAGCUUGAGAAAAAGCAGGUGUUUAUCCAAGGAGCUCCUGUGUCCCCAUAGGUAGCCAGAAACCUGCACAUCAGCGACAGCAGCACCUCCGUCCCUGCCCCACACAGGCCUCAGUGUGGAUCAGCACUUCCUAGAAACUCCAGCUCCUCCUGGUUGUGUGUCCUGCCAGCCAGUUACACACCUGAUUUCAGCUGAUUUCAGGCCUGUGUGGCUUUCAGCAGCAUGACCCAAACCUU